AGUGACUUCUAGGCAGGGAAACAAAGUUUCGGAGGACUCUUUUUACGGUAUAAAAUGUCGGAAGACAACAAUGCUGCUUUCAUAUCCAACUGGAGAACUACGCGGACGACCAACAACAAUGAUUUUACCAACACAGCAUCGUCAUUCUUUACAAAUUUAGGGACGAAUAUAAGUAAUACAUUCCAAGAAACUGUUGAUGGUGCCCAAAAUAUACUACCGCUGAAUUCAUCAGACUUACUGGGGGCAUCAGAAGAGCCAUCUUGGUUUACUUUGUCAAGAUUUGAAAGGUACUUGGGUUUUGUACUUUUGUUAGCCGGAUCAACUGCUUGUUUCGCAUUAGGCUUUUUCCUCUUCCCGGUGCUCACAUUGAAGCCAAGGAAAUUUGUCAUGCUUUGGACACUUGGCUCUUUGUUGUUUUUCUUGUCGUUCGGUGUUUUGCAAGGGCCGGUGUCGUACGUCAAGCAUUUGUCGAGCAAGGAGAGACUUCCGUUUACAGUUGUUUUCGUAACAAGUCAAGUAUUGACCAUAUACUGUGCUGUUGUGCUCAAGAGCACGAUUCUGAGUUUGAUCAUGGGCAUUGUGGAGAUACUGUCCAUUCUCUGGUACACUGCAAGCUACUUCCCAUUUGGGACACAAACGAUGCAAAUGGUUUUUGGCGCCGGUGCCCGCCAGGUCAGUGGGAUGGUGGGCCUGUGAAGUGUGUUUUGAAGUUAUAGUAUAAAUUUCAAAACAAUCAAGUACAUAAAUAAAUUUUUUGUAUUAAUUAUAAACGUUCACGCAUUAUUUGAUGAUAUUUCGGCCGGUAGUUCAAUCAUGCCAACUUGGCCUGUAACUCCUUUGCGUAUGCAGCCAACUCAGACAUGUCGGCAUCUUCGGCGGGCCAGCCCACGAUAAGCCCUGUGGCUUCGUCUCUUUUUGGAAUCAAGUGGAAAUGGACGUGGUCGACUACUUGGUGUGCAAUUCUGCCGUUGUUUUGCAAAACGUUGUAGCCAGCACCUUCUGGACCAUCAACGUUAAGGCCUAACGCAACCGUCAAUUUCUUGACCACUGGCAAAAUGUCUUGGAGAUAUUCAUCCGGAAGAUUGUGCAGCUUAGCGCCGUGGUACUUUGGAAUCACCAACAGAUGGCCCUUUGCUGUUG